AGAAGAGAAAAAAAUUUUGAAAAAUGUCAGUGGAAUGCUACGUUCCGGUGAACUAUGUGCUAUUAUGGGACCCUCUGGUGCUGGAAAAUCCACCCUACUCAAUAUACUUACUGGAUACAAAACCGAAGGGGUAAAAGGCCAUGUGUUAAUGAACGGCAGUGAUAGAGACCUUAGUCAAUUCCGAAAAUUAUCGGCAUAUAUUAUGCAGGAUAACCAACUACAUGCUAAUCUAAGAGUAGAUGAAGCUAUGGCUGUCGCAGCUGCGCUUAAAAUUGGCGCCAAAUCUCCAAAGGAUCGGGAAGAUAUCAUUAACGAAAUCUUAGACACACUUGGACUGUUGGAUCAUAAGAAAACAAUGACAAGCGGGUUGUCGGGAGGCCAAAAGAAGAGAUUAUCAAUCGCCUUAGAAUUAGUUAGUAAUCCUCCAGUUAUGUUUUUCGAUGAACCUACUAGUGGAUUGGAUUCUUCAUCAUGUUUUCAAUGUAUAUCACUGUUGAAAACCUUAGCUAAAGGUGGAAGAACUAUAAUAUGUACUAUUCACCAACCUUCAGCUAGACUGUUUGAAAUGUUCGACCAACUUUACACACUCGCUGACGGUCAAUGUGUUUACCAAGGUUCCACGUCAUUCUUAGUGCCCUUUUUAGCAAGCCUGCAAUUACAGUGUCCUUCAUACCACAAUCCAGCCUCCUAUAUUAUAGAAGUAGCAUGUGGAGAAUAUGGAGACCACACGAGAAAGUUGGUUAACGCUAUAGAAAAUGGUAAGAAUGACAUCCGAGAUGCGAGCCAAAUAGUAGGUUUUAAAAUGAACGACGGUUUGAAUAACGCUUACCAAUACGCCAAAGACAACUUGAACACCCUUAUUGCUAAUGAAUUAUCCAAAGAGGGCAGUACUCUAAAUGGUAAUAAAAAAUCAAACAAUGUUAACGAAGAUACUGGAAUCGAUUCUAAAGAUGUCGAAAAAGCUAAUGUUGAUAGUGCCUUAUUAAACACUUCCGUUGUGGUUAAUCAGCCCAGAUAUGGUAAUACGGAAAUCCAACAAUUUUUCAUUAUUUUAAAACGUGCGUUAUUGUUCAGUAGAAGAGAUUGGACUUUGAUGUACCUACGUUUAUUCGCCCAUAUUUUGGUUGGAUUCCUAAUCGGUGCCUUAUACUUUAAAAUUGGAAACGAUGGGUCCAAAGUACUUAGUAAUCUUGGUUUCCUGUUUUUCAACAUGCUGUUCUUGAUGUACACUUCCAUGACCAUAACCAUUUUGUCCUUCCCACUUGAAAUGCCAGUUUUGUUAAAGGAACAUUUUAAUCGAUGGUAUUCUCUGAGGUCUUACUAUCUGGCUAUAACGAUAUCAGAUAUGCCAUUCCAGACGAUCUUCUGUAUCCUUUAUGUAACGAUAGUAUAUUUCAUGACGUCCCAACCCUUGGAUCCCGCUAGAUUUGGAAUGUUUUUGCUGUCGUCCUUGUUAGUAUCGUUCGUAGCCCAAAGUGUUGGACUCGUAGUAGGAGCUGCUAUGAAUGUUCAGAACGGUGUAUUCUUAGCUCCAGUAAUGUCAGUACCAUUCCUUCUGUUCUCCGGAUUCUUUGUAUCAUUCGAUGCCAUUCCCAUCUACCUUCGCUGGAUAACGUACCUGUCCUACAUCAGAUACGGAUUCGAAGGGACUGCGCUUGCCACGUACGGAUACAAUAGACCAAACCUGGAUUGUUUCGCUCAAUAUUGUCACUUUAAAAAAGCAAACACAACUCUCGAAGAGUUGGACAUGGAUAAAUCGAGUUACUGGUUCGACAUUAUGGCUCUUGUUGUGAUAUUCUUCUUUUUAAGAAUUUCCGCUUACCUGUUCUUGAAUUUAUUCAGCUUUACAUACUGGUGUCAAGGAUAUUCCAAUAAAAAAAUGGCCUUGGUCGGCGACGUUUCAUCAUUUUUAAAUGUACUAUUUUGCUAGUCCUGGUUCUAUUUAUAUUUUCUUCAACGUACUAUAAGCUAA